UAAUAACCGUGGACGUUCACUCCAAGAAAAUUAGCGUGUCUUAAACAAAGCCAACUUUGCCUAUAAAUUCUGUAAGAAUUUAGAGGUGAAGGCGUGAAGCAGAGACAGUGAAAUAACAUAUGAAAUAUUUGUCUUGUCCGUAUAAAGAUGGAAAAGCUUGAUUCUUCUAACAGCUUUGAGCAGAGGCCAACUAUCUUGAUCACCAAUGACGAUGGAAUUGAGGCACCAGGCUUGAAAGCCUUGGUUAGCGUCCUCGUUUCCACCCAUCAAUUUAACCUUCUUGUCUGCGCCCCUCAACGGGAAAUGUCAGCCGUUGGUCAUAGUAUUACAUGGCGCCGACCACUUUCUGUCAAGCAAGUAGAUAUGCAUGGAGCAACAGCUUUUGUGGUUUCUGGAACUCCGGCUGAUUGUGCAUCUUUGGGUGUCUCCUCAGUGCUCUUUCCUUCAGUUCCUGAUUUGGUUAUCAGUGGCAUUAAUCAGGGCAGCAACUGUGGUUACCACAUUGUUUAUUCUGGUACGGCUGCUGCUGCUCGAGAGGCCUUCCUAAAUGGUGUACCAGCCGUCUCGAUAUCAUAUGAUUAUUACGGUGGGCUUAAUUCAGAGCAAUUGGAGAAGAUGCUAAGGCUUGAUGCUAAAGCCAAGACUCAAGACUAUGCAUCUGCUGCGAAGACUUGCUUGCCAAUAAUCAGCGCAAUACUAGUUGAGAUCAAGAAUCAGACUUAUCCUCAAGGAUUCUUUUUGAAUAUAGACCUGCCAAGAGAUCUUGCUAAUCAUAAGGGGUAUAAACUCACUAAACAGGGUAAAAGUAUGCUGAAGAUAGGAUGGAGGCAAAUUACUUCUAAUGUUCAAGGAGGAAAAUCAUUAUCAACAGUGUUGGAAACUGAUGCAUCAUCUAUAUCGCAAGAGAACCUUCUAUUCUGUAGAGAAUUGAGGGGAUUCAAAGUUGACAACGAUGAAUCAGAUCAAAAGUGUCUUCAGGAAGGAUACAUAACCAUCACUCCUCUUGGUGCCCUCACUCAUCCAGACAAUGAUUGCCAAGCAUACUUUAAAGAUUGGCUCCCAAAAGUGGCUCAGCAAAUGCGUUACAGGGACGAUUAAGGCUUGAGGAAUGAAUGAUAAUGACUAAUUACUUCAAUAUGUUAGCUUUUUAAACUUCAUAAUGCUUCAAUUCUCAAUUCCAUUGCUAGCAUUGUCCUGUACUUGUUUCAUGUCUCAGUUGAUGUCCUAAUCCUCGCCUUGUAAGCUUCAGAAAAUGAAAAGCGAACAAUGCUAAACUUUAUUAAAUCAUUUUCUAUUCGUAA